CCUACAUCUUUCCAUCGCGACGUCGACGCAGAGAGAUCCAGUCCGUGAAGUUCUCGUCGUGUGCGAUAGCCGCGAUAUAUCCUCUAUAUCAUGAAGUUAUUGUUAAGAGUAUUGCAGGAUGUAGCGAGAGUAGAGGCCGACCUGGAUGGUUUGCGCCGCCCUCGCUCGCUUCUCGGUGACGUCAUGGUCAGGGACAUGGCGGGCAGCUGCGGUCGCGGGGUCCACAGACCCGCUGGUGCUGCUGGGUUCCACGGCAGAUGCCAUGGAUUGGAUUAUGGAAGUAGGUGAUUUUAUCUAGGGGAGAUGCUCUGGAGAAUGUGGUAGGUAUGAGUGAUGAGAGGAUCAUGAGCAGAAAGAAC